AUGGCGGGCCAACCGAUGGAGUCACGCUUCGGGCGCAUGUCGAUACAUGACGAAAACAAUGAUCCAAGCGAUGGCGCUCGACUUCAGCAAAAGGCGAGAGAGCUCAAGUCAAAGGCAGGUCCCAGUCAAGUACCACACACGAGCGCCCCCGGCAGGCCGAAUCUCUUCAAAGUAGCCCUUCAAUCGCAAAGCGGCAAUACCGUAGUAAGCACCUCCGUCUCUGUUCCUUCGCAAGUCGCGCAAAGGAAGAAUCCGCCCAUCGUCCCUAGCGAACCUCGCUCACCACGAAAACCACAGAGAACCGUUCCCGUUGCCACGAAAUCCUCGACCGUUGUUUCAUCCGCCGCUCACAAGUCCACGACAUACGCCGGCAUCCGUAGAGUCGACAAUGAUGAUCACGAUGAACUUUCCCAGCCAAUGGCCUCCGCUAGCGUUUCUUCGACAGUUACAUCUACAUCCGAAUCUUCCUCCAGUGCCGGCUACGAUCAAUCGAUAUCCCCCAAACAGUUCCAUCUUGGCAUGUUCGAAAUCGGUCGACCGCUUGGCAAAGGCAAAUUCGGCCGCGUAUACCUCGCGCGGGAGCGCAGCUCCGGUUUCAUCUGUGCCCUCAAGGUGCUCUUCAAGUCGGAACUGCAACACGGCACCGGAGUCGAGAAGCAAGUGCGCCGCGAGAUCGAAAUUCAGUCGAACCUACGACACCCCAACAUCUUGAAGUUGUACGGACACUUCCACGACAGCAAGCGCAUCUUUCUGAUCCUCGAGUACGCCGGCAAGGGCGAGCUAUACAAGCACCUACGCAAGGAGAACCGUUUCCCCGAGUGGAAGGCAGCGCAGUACGUUGCGCAAAUGGCCUCGGCGCUCAAAUACUUGCACCGCAAGCACGUCAUCCACCGCGAUAUCAAACCGGAAAACAUUCUGGUGGGCAUCCACGGGGAGAUCAAGAUAUCGGAUUUUGGCUGGAGCGUGCACGCGCCCAACAACCGGAGACAGACGCUCUGCGGAACGCUGGAUUACCUGCCGCCAGAGAUGAUCCGGAGCGGGUCCAAGGAUAACUGGUACAAUGAGAAGGUGGACUUGUGGAGCUUGGGCGUGUUGACCUACGAGUUUCUGGUCGGCGAGGCACCGUUCGAGGAUACACCGAUUAUGACACAGAAGAGGAUUGCGAGGGCGGAUAUGACGAUUCCCGAGUGGGUCAGCAAGGAGGCGAAGGAUUUGAUUAAGAAGUUGCUGGUACUCGAUCCGGAGAAACGUCUUCCUUUGGAGGAGGUUGAGAACCACCCUUGGAUCUUGAAGCACUGCGUCAAGGGAGAAAGGGCCGCGAACCGGGAGAAGAUGGCGAGCAAAAUGGGCAACUGA